AUGGAGAGCACAAGAGCCGGGGGCUCACUGAGACUGUCAUCCCUCAAUCACAUAUCCGUCGUCUGCAGAUCGGUGGAGAAGUCGCUCGACUUCUACCAGAACGUCCUCGGCUUCAUCCCCAUCCGGCGUCCCCAGUCCUUGAAAUUCGAGGGCGCAUGGUACGUCCCGACGCUCGGCGAAGCGCCGAGGAGGGCUCCUGCCAUCUCCUCUUUGCUCACCAUCCAUAUCCGUGAGCCAUUCAUUCAUUAUGUUGCACGGCCGUUGAUUAGCUUCGUGGGAAUAAACGAAUCCGCAGGCUGUUCAACUACGGCAUCGGAAUCCACCUGCUGCAGUCGGAGGAUCCGGCGAGCAUUCCGGAGAGGCGAGAGAUCAACCCCAAGGAUGACCACAUCUCCUUCCAGGUACGACUGCCCCGCUGCGCGCUGAGAGAGGUUCCUCCGAUUCCCUCGCCGGCGUCACUCACUCACUCUCUUCCGCGGUGCGCAGUGCGAGAGCAUGGCGGCGGUGGAGGAGAAGCUGGGGGAGAUGGGGAUCCGCUUCGUCCAGAGGACCGUCGAGGAGGGUGGCAUCUCCGUCGACCAGCUCUUCUUCCACGACCCCGACGGUUCCAUGAUCGAGAUCUGCAACUGCGACGCCCUCCCCGUCGUCCCUCUCCCCGGCAGUGAGCCCAUCUGGGUCUGCAAACGCACCACCGCCACCGCCAGCCUCCUUCAUCCGCCGCCGCAGCAAUCGCCGCAGUGCCUUCCCUCCGCCGCCGGCCACUUGGGCGACGCCUACCCUGUGUACGUCGAGGGCGACUCCUAUGCGUCUCGUUUGUAG